UAUCGAGUUCGAGAAUCGAUCUACUCCCGCUUCCUACCGGAAGGCGAAUGGAUAGAUUCCUGGCUCUCUAAAACGCACGCUCGGCCCCAGCUCAGAAGUGAUCCAAUUUGUACUCUGGAGUUGUACCUACCGCAGGGGAAUGUCGUGAGGUAGAUCCUGCCUGAGAGCUCCCUAGCAUUCAUUCAAAUCAAGAAUCUGGUGAAAUUCAGAUCUUCUGAGCUGAUUCUGUGUUCCAGUCGACGGAGAAAGGAUGGCAGUUCUCUCGGAGUAUCUGUGGUUGGUCGUCGUAGGGGCAUUCGUCGCCUUCGGUUUCGGAUGGGGAACUGGAGCCAAUGACGUUGCCAAUGCUUUCGGGACUUCGGUCGGAAGCAAGACUCUGACCUUACGACAGGCAGUCAUUAUUGCGUCAAUUUUCGAGUUUGCUGGAGCCUUGCUUCUCGGGCGAGUAUCCACAAAUACCAUAGCAUCAGGCAUUGCUGACAUAAGCUCAUUCACUCGAGAUCCAGAGGUGUAUGCCUAUGGAAUGGUGUGCGCUUUGGGUGUCGGCACAGUGUGGCUCAUCCUCACCUCUUACUGGGGUCUAAAUGUGUCUUCCACUCACGCAAUCAUUGGAGGCAUCAUUGGAUUUGCCUUGGUUUGGGAUGGCACUGACGCAGUCGUAUGGGCAAAGAAGGACCCUGGAUCCUUCCCACCUUACAAGGGAGUGAUUGCCAUCGUCCUAUCGUGGUUCAUAUCUCCAGUUCUGAGCGGCCUCGUGGCUGCACUCAUCUUCUUCAUAGUUCGAACUCUUGUCCUUCGUCAGAGAAAUGCUUACGCUCUCUCUUUCUGGACUCUGCCUCCUUUUGUUCUUGUCACCACCUUCAUCAACAUAUACUUCGUCUUGACCAAGGGUGCAAAGAAGACCCUCUCCUCCAGCGAUAACUGGAGUGACUCCAAAGCUGCCUGGAUUUCAGCACUCAUUGCCGCUGCCGUAACUCUGAUGUGCAUCUUCAUCGCUCUCCCGCUCCUGAAGAAAAUGGCCGCUCGCCAUUUCGACAGUGGAGGCAAUCGGAUACUCGACGAUACUCCUCUUCCAGUCAACAAUGUGGAGAGUGCACAUCCUCCCCAUGUGUUGAGCACCUGGCAGAAAUUCAGCAAAGCAGCAACUCACGGUCUGGACGUCGACAUUCACAAGGUUGUGAAGACGGACGAGAAAAUUGGGGACAUGCAUGAAGCUGCAGAGAAGUUCGAGCCGAGAGUGGAGUACGCAUUCAGCUACCUGCAAGUGUUCUCAGCCAUCUGCGUCAUCUUUGCGCACGGUGCCGGUGAGGUCGGGUACAUGGCAGGUCCUCUGGCCACCAUCUGGGAUGUCUACCAGAAGGGUCAGCUGUCCAAAAGUGUGACGCCUCCUGUCUGGAUCGUGCUCAUCGGUGCCUUCGGUCUCGUGAUCGGUCUGGCGACUUACGGAUACAAUGUUACCCAAGCUAUGGGUGUCAAGCUUGCCAAGCUCACUCCGACCAGAGGAUUUGCAGCAGAGCUUGCCACUGCUUUCGUCAUCAUGAUCGCGUCGCAGUACGGUUUGCCCACUUCCUCCAGCCAGUGCAUCACUGGAGCUAUCAUUGGAGUUGGGCUGCUGGAAGGCGCAAAAGGAGUGAACUGGACGCACUUCGUCAAGCAAUUUGCUUCCUGGGUGGCCACUUUGUUCGUCAUUGGCUUCUUUGUGGCAGCUGUGUUCUCUCAGGGUGUCUACUCCCCCAGCAAGAAUUCUGGCAAAGAGAUCACCAAGUACGAGGAUCGAGUCACCAAUCUGACCACUCAGGUUUACAAGGACUUCAACUCCAGCCUCCAGAGCUACAAAUCCUCCAGUGACGCCUUGGUUCUUACCAACCUUCCACCCUCAGUCUGGACGCAGCUCAAUGAUUCAGUCAACACCGCUGCCACCAAAGCCAAGAACUUGGUCAACCCGAAGAAAUCUCAAACCGCGGAUGUGAACCAGAUCAUGUCAUCUUUCUAUGAAUCACUGGGCCUAUUACAAAAUUACUCGAUCUUCACGCUCGGUCAAAACACAAUCUUCCCAGGGGCCACUGUCUGUAUGGACCCUUCAUCUACGAAUGUUACGCAAGUCGCUUGCAAGGCUACGAAGCUUCUUCCAAAAGCAUACAUGAGCUGAGUGCAGCAUUCCACUUUUUCACAUCCAUUGGUAUAUCAGUGGUGGACAAACACUUCUUAUUCAAUUGGUCGGUAAAUUCUUUCGGAUUCAAUUGUACACUGAUGUCGACAAGAUGAGGUGGAACAUUUUGAUCCUGCAAGCUGAUGGGUUUCAGUCAUGACAAUUAAGAUAGCAUUGAUAAAUUGAACAGCUAUUCGCUAACUUACAGUCAUCUAAGUUAUGCAACUUGUGCAGCUCUAGACAGAUAGUAGACACGCGAUUUGAUCUUGGAUAUAUAGAUAAUGGGAGAAACAUGUCAUCUCCCAUGAUGAAGAGAUAAUAUAGAGACUUAGCCUGGAUCCAGUUUACAUCAAUUUGAUAAACAAUGAGAACAUGAAUUGAGUGCAAUUCACGACGAGGA